AUGGGUGACUGGUCGAUCUUGGGACGUCUCUUAACAGAGGUCCAGAAUCAUUCAACUGUCAUUGGAAAGAUUUGGCUGACAAUGCUUCUUAUUUUCCGGAUUCUUCUGGUAACAUUAGUUGGAGAUGCCAUGUAUGGAGAUGAACAGUCUAAAUUUACCUGCAAUACUCUUCAGCCAGGUUGCAACAACGUUUGUUAUGAUAGCUUUGCUCCUGUCUCGCAUCUUAGAUUUUGGAUAUUUCAGAUUGUGCUUGUUUCUACACCAUCCAUUUUUUAUAUCAUCUACGUCCUGCAUAAAAUUGCCAAAGAUGAGCGGACGGAACUGGAAAGGGCCUACGUAAUGGAGCUGCUCCAGAGUCUAUCCAUUGGUGAACAUCUGCAAAAGAGCAAUGUAAACCCAGAUGCUGAAGAACAAGGAAAUGUCAAGGAAGCUUCAAGUAAAGGACAUAGGUUUAAACCAAAGCUUAAUAAUGAUUCAGGAACAGGUACUUUACCACUCUUUGAUAAGAUGCACAGCAUUUACAUUGCCCAUGUAGUGCUCAGAUCUCUUAUGGAGAUAGGGUUUUUGGUGGGACAGUACUAUCUUUUUGGGUUUGAGGUUCCUCAUCUUUUUCAAUGUCAAACCUAUCCAUGCCCAACCACAACUGAUUGCUUUGUAUCUAGGGCUACAGAAAAGACAGUUUUCCUCAACUUUAUGUUUGGAGUCGGCCUUGGGUGUUUUGUCCUAAAUAUCGUUGAGUUGCAUUACUUAGGCUGGUUUUACGUGUUCCGUAUACUGACAGCUGCUUGUUACACCUGCUGUGAAUUUAAAAGCAAAAAGAAGACAAUGGUGCUGUAUCCAGAACAAAACAGUUUACUCAUACACCUAAAGGACACAAUACAAGAACGGUUUGUUCUAAAGACUACAUCAAGCAUGUCACAGGAGAAAAUAAGUUUUGUCCCUAGUCAACCAGCUGCUAUUUCCUUUACUAAUGAUGAUGAUAAUGAUUCUCUGUCCAGAAAGAGUCCUGAUAUCAAACACAGUAACUUAGCUAAAUUUUCCAAAACCAAGAAGUCUUGGCUUUAA